CUUGUAAUUCAGCCAAGUUCAGUCGUCCACGGUUACCCUUCCCAUCAGUUGCCGCCUAUCCAGUGGGCGGUUUCUGGCGGCAACUUCCAACGGUGGCUCGUUAUACAUCUACAGGACACACAUAUAUAUCGACAGUUGCGUCUAUUUCUCUCAGUUGUAUGGGUGGCAGCUCACCUGAAUUCAUAUGGUUGUUUUUGGUGCAUUGCUGCCCUUCGUUUUGUGAGGUCAUCAGUUAAGCCGUGCUUUUCGUGUUUUAAAAAGACUUUAAAAAAAAGAUUGUAAUGAACUCCGGAAUUUCAAGCGGGCCUCAUGGAGGUGACGACAGCCCUGACAGGGAGAAAAAUGCCCUUUACGAAUUGGUUGCAUCGGCUCCCAGUCGGAAGAAUUGGAAAGGAAUGCUUAUCGCCAUCUGUGUCAUUGUUGCCAUACUCGGUUGCAUUCUGGCUUCGGUUAUUGUGAUGACUCCGAUGGAUGAUGGACCCCGUGUAAAAGGAUCGAGAUUUUCCUUAGACGAUGUGCUAGGCGACAAAUUCCAGCCUUUGACAUUCAACGGAUCUUGGUUAAAAAAUAACCAGCUGCUGCUUACCGACGCAAAUGAUAAUCUGCAAAUUUUGGAUGCUCCCAGUGGCACGCUCCAACCUCUUUUAUUCAACGAAUCCAUCCCUGUGCCGCCGGGAUCAAAAUUUUCUUUAUCGCCGGAUAACAGAUUUCUCCUCCUCACAACAAACUACAAAAAGAAACCGGCAAGCAGCGAAGAAUUCGAGGCGAAAGUUUACGAUCUUUCCACAGGAAUUGUUUAUCCCAUACCAUUCGCCUCUCCGGAUGAACGUGUGCCCAUCCAGGCCGCAAUGUGGAGCCCCAGUACACGCAGUGGGGCACUUGUAUACUGCCACCAAAAUGACAUUUAUUACAUUCCCGAUGUAACCGUGGAUCAAACGGAGAGACUUACUUCAGACGGAUCUUUUAAUGGGAUAUCUAAUGGCAUACCCGACUGGACGUAUAGAGUAAUGGUUUCACCAGCAAUGUCCAAGCAACCAGCCCUAUGGUUCUCAGAAUCUGGUGAUCGCUUGUCGUAUAUUACGUUCAACGAUACUGCUGUACCUGAGAUCAGACUUCCAAUUUACAGCGAACCUGAUUCAUUUGAGUUGUACACUGAACAAGUCAUUAUUCGCUACCCGACGCCAUCAUCGACCAUUCCUCGCGUUAGUUUGCACGUCGUUGAUUUGAUGGAGAAAGAUAUUGUCAAGCAAUUACGUCCGCCUCUCAGCAUCAGAGAUCAGGAAUAUUACCUAACAAUGGUGAAAUGGGUUAACGACCAAAGAAUCUGCGCAAUUUGGACACUGCGCUCGCAAAAUGUUUCGCUGAUUUCAUUUUGCGACGCUGGCCCUUGGCAUUGUCAAACGGUAUCCACCAUCGAGAGCGGAUUGAAAGGUUGGCUCGAUGUUGGCGCUGAUAUGUUGUUCCACCCCGAUGGAAAUUCGUUCCUUCAUUUGGCGCCAGUUCAAAUUGAUCACACGGAAGAAUACUUUACGAACAUCGUCAUGGUUGACGCAGUCAAAAGACAUUCGUGGCCGGUCACACAGUACAAAUCGGAAAUUCAUCGCCUGCUCGGAUGGGACACCAACAAUGGGCGUAACCUUGUGUAUUACGCCGCAUCAGCAGAAAGAGGCAAGUCAAAAAGACAGAUGUACAAAGUUGAAAUCAACGGUCAAAAAGCUGAUCACAACACGGUUGAAUGUUUGACUUGCUCCAUACUUGCUCGUCAUUUGGAGGAGCCUCCCACAUUAUCUAGCCCUUCGCCUUCGCCCGGUUCUCGAUCAGCUUCGUCCAAGUCCCAAUUGAAGCUUUCGAUUUAUUCAAAUUUCACGAGCUCACAUCCUCACCAAUAUCACGCCAACUCUUCUUGUCAUUAUUCCAACGCCAUACUAAGUCCAAGUCUCGAGUAUUACGUGCACGAAUGCUUGGGCCCCUCUAUUCCAUAUGUGGAGGUUCGCUCCCUUCCGGCCAACAAAUUAGUCAAGUUGCUUCAAACUAACCAGCAGUUGCACGAAGAUUCUCUUGAUAAAGCCUUCCCUCGUAAAAUUCAACUUAAAGUGCCAUUGCUGGUUGAUAAUACUCCGUGGAAGAGGAGCAAGCCGGAUUACGUGGCAGUUGAACUUUACCUACCACCCGGUUUGAAAGAGGAAGAGUCGACAGUCUAUCCUUUACUUGUCUGGACAUCGGACGAGCCUUCGACUGUAAGCAUCACUGAGGAAUGGAAAAUAGACUGGGCAACUUAUAUGGCCAGCAGUAGAGACGUGAUUGUAGCGAAAAUCGAUCUACACGGAUCACAAGGAAGUGGCCUUUUACUCCGCAAUUCCAUUUACAGGCAACCUGGAGUUUUAGAAUCGGUAGAUUUAAUCCAAACAACAAAGAUAUUACAGGAAACUUUCCCGUUCAUCAGCCCGAUUAAGACAGCCCUAAUUGGUGCCCAUUACGGUGGUUUCCUUUCCAUUUACACGUUGGCAAACGAUCCAGGUGCAGUCUUCGGUUGUGCAGUUGCGAUAUCACCAGUUUCUUCAUGGAAGACACUUGCUGCUCCUUACGCUGAACGUUACCUCGGCCUUUUGAGUGAACGUGACGGACAGCGGCAUUAUUUUGAAGCUGAUUUGACUACGUGCACGAAGAAUUUGCAUACAAAAAAAUUGUUUAUCUUACACGGAACUCUUGAAGAAAAGUUUCACGCGACUCAUUCGAUGCUGAUCGCAAAAAAUCUCAUCGAAAAAAGAUUUUCAUUUCAACAGCAGUUGUACCCAGACGCCAAUUAUCAGUCGAUGUUGCGCAACGCCCAAAUGUACGAGAGCAUUGACAAAUUCCUGAACGGCUGCUACGAUGGAAGAGAAAUGCCUGAGCUAGACAAUACACUCCACAAAGGAGAAUAAUAUUUUAAAUCCCUUAUCAUAUUAUACAUAUAAACCAAUUUGUGUAUCAAUGCUAGUCAUCCUAUGCUAAAAUCUUAACUGAAUAACUUAACAUGCGCACCAUCCUUCCAUAAUUUAUUCUUGAUCUCACGACGUCAUAGUCUGCUGACUCCCUCAAUUUUACUCACUGCAUCAAACAUUACUGAAAUAUUAAUCACGCACAUUUAUUUGUAUCUAGAAUGCGAUUGUAUAUUUAUUACGUGUUUUCUACUCCACUUCAAGUUUCAUCGUAGAACAACCAACGUUUACCGAUACAUAUAUUUUCGUUGUAUAAUCCGCUGUCUUCAUUUUUGUGAUUAAAUUUCGUAUGACCCUAAAACAUCUCCGACACAUACACUGUGUAGCCUAU